AUGGCCAUUGCAAAUGCACUUACACUAUUCCCUCUCCCUCCUCUGUUUCUUAGCCCCCGAAAGAUCAAGAAGUACUACAUCGAUCCAUCAUGUAAUAUAAAGUUCGACAACGAAUUUGAGAGUCUCGUCAAAGAAGCUAUGGAUUAUGCCCAACGGGCCGUGAACCGGCUGACCUUAGAUUCUGAUACCGACUUUGCCCGAGUAUACGAAACUCUCUUCAGGGUUCCCAAGACUAAUACGCAAAAGUUCAACUGGGGCAAGAACUUCCGCACUAUGAACCCCCACAGCGCCGCAGUCCGAAUGACUACCUAUAAACAUGUGGUUGGAGUGCUUAGAGACCUUGCUACUAACUGGAGAAAGACCCACAACCGGUGGGAAGCAGAUGUAUGGUUUCAAUGCGACGCCUUUACCCCCCAUGUGCUUUCUGCUGAGGGAAAGAAUGGAGUAAUCCGCAACCUGUGGGGUCUCGACGGCAUCAAAGGUCACUUCGAAGUCUACAACCCAGAUAGAGUGGUGAUCGACCUGUGCAAGUCCACCUGGGAGGCCUUCGGGAAGCUCCCGGACAGCAUAAGAGCCGCAAAGAACCGUCUCUGCCUCGCUCACCUGAAACCACUGAACCCAGGUGAAGAAGCCAAAGAUGAGGCGGCGUUGGGCCCAGUAAAAGAGUUCAAAGUUGAUGACAUCGUACAGUGGUCAAUCCUGGGAAUCAUCUUCCGCGAGAUGAUGCAUUGUCGAUACUACUGCCUCCAUGACGCAAACGCCAGUGGCCCUAUCUAUACAUAUCUUGGGUGGGAGGCGGGGUGCAUGGAUUCCACCACGUUGCCACCAAGUUACGUUCAUAAUGCAGAAAUUUAUGCAAUGCUGGGGGUUCUAGCCAGACUGGCUGAUAUGAGGCCUGCUGGUGAGGAGGCGGGUGGGUAUACGCUGUCGAGAGAAGACGAAGGGGAGAGGGCUAAUGUCACAGGUUGA